AAAGCCCGUGCUCUUCUCCACUGAGCCACGCUUGUUGGAGCUGCUGAUCGUCUCCAUCACCUGACCGCACCCCGAGUCCGGUGAAAGGCCAGCCUUCCGCGGUCGGAAGGGACCCGUCGGCCAUGUCUCCGGCGAGCGGCCCAGCGGAGCCCGCGGAGGACGCGGAGGGCAGACGUGGGAGCAAGAUCGUCUUCUUCCUCCUGGUGUUCGGUGUGGUGCUGCUCUGUACGGGAAUCCUGCUGUCCAUCUUCGGGUUCCAGACCUGUCAGUACGAGACUCUGACGGACUGCGGCACCAUGCUGAAGAUCGCUGGCCCGUCGUGCGCGGUGAUCGGGGCGAGCGGAAUCAUCCUGGCCCGCUCGAGAGCCAGGCUCCAGCUCCGAGAGCGGCAGCGCCGGGGCUCCACCUGGGACCCGGACAGCUUCUUCAUCUGUGGAGAGAGCCGCCAGUUUGCCCAGUUCCUCAUCUUCGGCUUCUUGUUCCUCACCAGCGGAAUGCUCAUCAGCGUCCUGGGCAUCUGGGUGCCCAGCUGCCACCCGGGGUGGCACUCGGACCAGGGGAACCAGACGGACUCCGCAAGUGUGGAGUCCCGGGGCUGUGGAUUUCUGUCCCUUCAGAUAAUGGGGCCGUUGAUAGUGCUGAUCGGGUUGUGUUUCUUCGUGGUUGCCCACAUUAAGAAAAGACACAACUUGGGGCCCGGCCAGGACGGCUUGGAAAACCAGGAGCAGCGAUCGCAGAAUCCCGAGCCUGUUCAAGUCACAGUAGGUGACGCAGUGAUAAUAUUCCCUCCUCCGCCACCACCUUAUUUUUCUGAGUCUUCCACAUCUUCGAUAGGAUCCAGUCCUGUGGUUCAUCGUUUGCCUCUGAGUGAAAACCCUCCACCGUAUUACAGUAUUUUUAAUUAUGGGGCGCGGUUUCCUGCCAUCCAGGGUGCAGCCUCAGCCAGAGCGCGUGAUUCUGUAUACACAAUUUCAGGGCCAGAUUCAUCUUCGGGGAUUUCAGCCACACCACACCCUUCCGAAUCACCUCCCAAAUAUGAAGAAAAGGCUCUGAAUGCGGACGACUCCUCGCACCCAUCUGCCACCCACCCUCCCGUGUCUCGCGCCCUUCUCUCGCCCCCCACUUCCCUAUCCGGGGGGCCCCCUCAGUGACCCCCGGGAGCUCUGCAAGCCUCCCUUUCGUAUCCUUGGAACCGUUUCAGCACCACUUUAUUUAAUUUGUUUUUGUAAUAAAAAAGA